AAGUGAUGAUAGUUUUCGAAUGAUCUCGCUAGUCAGUAGCGGUUUGGCACUCGUCGCGUACCAACGUUUGAAUAUUCAUUGUAUACCGGCUCUUCGGAUUACCACUAAUUGCAUAAUAUAUCCACCGGAAUUGUGGAUAUUUAUAAGCCGCUUGACAUUAACGACCGGAAUCACACACCUUGGGUAACUGAAACCGGAUACUCCGGAUCCAAGCCAUAACUCAUUAGGUGACGGAUGAGUGCCACCGCUGUCUAACCGGAGGGCGUAAAGUGUUUGCUUGUUUUUGUAAUUAGUGAACCCCUGCGGAGGAAAGUGUGAAUCUGUGAGAUAAGUGACAGUUACAACUAAUUCCUGGUGAGAUUACGGCGAGAUGAUUCAUUAUUUGCAAGAUGCAUUACGAAGCAAGCGACAAUAUAUGGCAGCUCUGAUCGCAAACCUUGCCAUCGCCUGUAUGGGCGCUAGCAUGGCGUGGACAUCCCCCGUAGAACCAAAGCUGAAAAUCCUUGCCGAAUCGCCUCUUUCCGCCAUACCGACAUCAUCGGAACUGUCAUGGAUUGGUUCGAUUCUUACUCUCGGAUCCCUGGCUGGUCCCUCAUUCGCCGGUCUGGUCGCAUACCGGUUCGGCCGUAAGCCAGCCUUGUUGGGUAGUGCCGCAUUCUUUCUGGUAUCCUACGUGCUCUUCCUCACGGCGACUACCGUGGCACAGAUCCUCGUCGGUCGUUUCGUCCAGGGCUGUGGAAUUGGUUUCGCCAUCACCAUCACACCGUUAUACGUUGCGGAAAUGGCCACCGAUAACAGAAGGGGUGCCCUUGGGUCGCUCGUCCAAACCUUCAUAACCCUGGGACUACUCUUCGACUACGGCAUUGGGCCGUACGUUAGUUACGUCGCCUUUCAGUGGAUCCAGAUGGCACUACCUAUCGUUUUCAUCCUUGCAUUCAUCCUUAUGCCGGAGACACCGCACUUCUACGUUUCUAGGGGAAACUAUCUGGCUGCGGAACGUUCCCUAUCAUAUAUCCGCGGAGAGCCUAUUGACGACCUUAAAGGUGAGUUCGAUACAAUAAAAUUCUCAGUGGAGGAGUCGAUGCGAAAUCGUGGCUCAUUCAAGGAUUUGUUCACCAAUCACGCCAACUUGCGGGCGUUGACUAUCUGCACUGGUGUGGUGGUAUUCCAGCAGCUGUCCGGUAUCAAUCCGGUGCAAUUUUUCGCGCAAACUAUUUUCGAAAAAACAAAAAGUAGUCUAUCGGCGGAUCUGAAUGCCAUUAUCAUCGGAGUCUGCCAGGUUGUUUCCAGCGUGGUGACGGCGUUGAUCGUGGAUAGAGUUGGUCGAAGGCCAACGUUGCUGGCUUCAGCGAUUGGGAUGUGCUGCUCACUUGCUGCUUUGGGAGCGUACUUCUAUUUGGACGAUUCGAAAUCGCCGGCUACCGAAAGCUUGGCGUUCCUUCCAGUUACUUCGCUUGUAGUUUUCUGCGUUAUGUUCUGUACCGGUUUUGGCCCAAUAGCUUGGGUGCUUUUGGGAGAGAUGUUCGCCCCGAACAUCAAGUCGUUGGCUUCUUCUGUGGUAUCAUCUAUUUGUUGGCUGACAUCGUUCUUCGUUCUGUUCUACUUCUCAUCGGUGGAUGAGGCGAUUGGAUCACAUUGGCUGUUCUGGAUCUUCGCUAUUUGCUGUGCCAUGGCAUUUGUGUUUACCUACGUGUUCGUGGUGGAAACCAAAGGGUUAAGCUUACCGGAAAUCCAGGCUCGGUUAAAUGAGAGUGCGCCAGUUAUUGACAGUAGAAGUGGCCUAGAGAAGCAAUGAAUACUUACAAUAGAACCGUAGGUAACGGAA